AUGUCUAGAACUUUAUUCAACGAUAUUGACCUACUUCCACCUGACUCGCUUUUCAACAUUAAGCAGCGGUUGUCCCAGGACUCUAGACCUGUGAAAGUCGAUUUAGGUAUCGGCGCCUAUCGUGACGACAAUGGUAAGCCAUGGGUGUUGCCCAGCGUGCGCGAAGCCGAAAAAGUCAUUCAAAAAGACCCAAGCUACAAUCAUGAAUAUCUGGGUAUCGGUGGUUUGACUUCGCUCACUCAAGGUGCUGCCAAAGUUCUUUUGGGGGACGACAACAAAGCAUUAAAGGAAAAAAGAGUUGUUUCCGUGCAAUCUCUCUCCGGUACCGGCGCUCUGCACAUGGCGGCAAGAUUUUUCACCAAGUUCUGCGGUGACAAAUUGGUAUAUUUGUCGGACCCCACUUGGGCCAACCACAACGCUAUUUUUGAGACCAUGGGUUUAAAAACAGCAACCUAUCCAUACUGGGACCCAGCAACCAAGUCUUUGAAUUUGAAAGGAUACUUGAGCGCUAUCGAAUCCGCUCCAAAAGGAUCCAUUUUCGUGCUACACGCCUGUGCCCACAACCCAACCGGCUUGGACCCUAAUCAGGAGCAAUGGGCCUCUAUCUUAGAUGCCAUCAUCAAGAAAGACCACAUUGUUCUAUUCGAUUCAGCGUACCAAGGAUUUGCUUCCGGUGACUUGGACAGAGAUGCCUUUGCCGUUCGUUUGGGUCUUGAAAAGUUGGCGGAAGUUAGUCCAAUUUUCAUCUGUCAAUCAUUUGCCAAAAAUGUUGGUAUGUAUGGUGAACGUGCCGGCUGCUUCCACAUUGUUUUACCACGCCAAGACCAGUCUGUAAGUAUCGAAAACGUGAAAGAUGCGAUCAACUCCCAGCUGGCCAAAAUUACUCGUAGUGAACUUUCUAACCCACCUGCGUAUGGUGCUAAAAUUGUCUCCACGGUCUUGAACGAUGAACAGUUGACUGAACAAUGGCACAAGGACAUGGUCACGAUGUCAUCGAGAAUCAUCAAAAUGAGACAUCAAUUGAGGGACAACUUAGUCAAAUUGCACACACCAGGUAACUGGGACCACAUUGUCGGACAAACGGGUAUGUUUUCGUACACUGGAUUGAGUCCUGAGAUGGUUAAGAGGCUAGAAAAGGAGCAUGCUGUUUAUCUUGUGGGUUCGGGUAGGGCUUCGAUUGCUGGUUUGAACAGCGGUAACGUUGAAUAUGUUGCUAAAGCUAUCAACGAGGUUGUCAAUCAUUUUAGUAACUCCAAGUUGUAA